GGAUAUCAAAGAGAUCUUUGAUAUUGUUGAAGAACUUUACGUGAGGUAGGACAUUUGCAGAUGAUCAAGAGAAGGAAGAGAUUAACUUCUGUGAAAGUCUUGAAAUAUUCCAUUACUUUCUUCACCUUGGGAAACCUCAUCCGAUAAGAAACUUGUUCAACAAGAAAGUGAAUUGGUAUUGGUGAAAGAUUGCUUGUCAAAAGAUGGUUCCAAGGCGCAGAGUGUUGGAUCUUCUACAAAAUAUAUCCAAAGUAUCAUGUCGAUGUCCAAGUCAUUCUUCAGAAGCUGGAAGGGGAGCCAAAGACAAUGCUUUCGAGAUGGCAAGUUCAACAAUUCGCUACGGACCAGGAGUAACCAGGGAACUAGGAGCUGAUCUUACCAAUCUCGGAAGCAAGAACAUUUGCUUGUUGAUUGAUAAAAAUCUCGUGGAUAAGCCUUCAGUAAGGACAGCCUUCGACUCCCUGGCAAAGCAUAAGAUCACCUAUGAAGUCUUCCAAGAUGUUCGAGUAGAGCCUACAGAUCAGAGCCUCCAAAGAGCUAUAGAUUAUGCCAGGAAGAGGAAUUUUGAUGCUUAUGUAGCCAUUGGAGGGGGAUCUGUGAUAGAUACAGCGAAAGCUGCGAACUUGUAUGCCGUUCAUCCUGAAGCAGAAUUUCUGGACUUUGUCAAUUCUCCAAUUGGAAAAUCCAAGGAAGCAACAAAUCCCCUCAAACCUUUAAUUGCUGUCCCUACAACUGCCGGAACGGGAUCAGAAGCUACUGCGGCUUGUGUCUUCGACUACAAACCUCUGCAUGUGAAGACUGGUAUUUCUAACAAGGCCCUGAGGCCUAUGCUGGGACUAAUUGAUCCCCUACACACCCUAUCCUUACCAGAACGAGUGAUGGCCUAUGCUGGGUUCGAUGUCUUUUGCCAUGCCCUCGAAAGCUUCACAGCUGUACCUUACAAUGAAAGAGGUCCUGUUCCUGCGAAUCCUAAACUAAGACCCGUCUAUCAAGGAAGCAAUCCCCUAUCAGACGUUUGGGCUAGAUACGCUCUAUCAACCAUUAAAAAAUAUUUCAAGUCAGCAGUCUUCAAUCCUGACGAUCUGGAAGCUCGUUCCAAUAUGCACCUGGCAGCUUCAAUUGCAGGAGUCGGGUUUGGGAAUGCCGGAGUUCAUCUCUGUCACGGACUAUCAUAUCCAAUUUCCGGACUCGUUAAAUCUUUUAUUCCCGCCGGCUACGAUCGAGAUCAUCCCAUAAUCCCUCAUGGAUUAUCAGUAGUCAUGACAGGGCCUGCAGUGUUCAGUUUCACAGCCCCUACAUGUCCAGAAAAACACCUGGAAGCUGCAGCUCUACUCGGGGCCAACGUCAGCAACGUUAGACGUGAAGAUGCUGGCCGGAAGCUGGCAGAAGUCCUCCAGAAAUACAUGUACGACCUCAAGAUCGAAGACGGAUUGACAGCCUUGGGAUUUUCAAAGGAUGACAUCCCUGCCCUUGUGAAAGGAACCUUGCCACAGGAGCGAAUUUUAAAAAUGGCCCCAAGGGAGCAAACAGAGGAGGACCUGUCGAUGCUCUUUGAGCAUUCAAUGAAAGUCUACUAAACCGCCUAAAGAUGGGCAAAAUGCCGUUAAAAGCUUCCAAUUGUAUUCAAAAGCAAAUAAACACUGGAUUUUUGGAUAUGGGAAA